AUGUUUCCUCGUACCAGCAUUUUCUUGUAUUGUAUCUUCGUCGCUCUCUCUUCUUUCAGCAUAACUGCCAGUUUACAAAAUCUCACCCUCCCUCAUCAACAUCCCAACCCUGAAGCUGUUGUUCAGGAAGUACAAAGGAGGGUCAAUGUAUCAAUAUCAAGAAGGAAAACGUUAUCAGACCAAGCCCAAUGUCUAACCGGCAAUCCAAUAGAUGACUGCUGGCGGUGCGACCCCAACUGGGCCGCCAACCGCCAGCGCCUGGCGGACUGCGCCAUUGGCUUUGGCCAAGGAGCAUUGGGCGGCAAAGGCGGCCAAAUCUAUGUAGUCACAGACUCCUCCGACCACGACACUGCCAACCCAACUCCUGGUACCCUCCGCCACGCUGUCAUCCAAGAUGUCCCCCUAUGGAUAAUUUUUCAAUCCAACAUGGUUAUCAAACUCAAACACGAGCUUAUAAUUAACAAUUACAAAACCAUUGAUGGGCGUGGUGCAAAUGUGCACAUAACCGGCCAUGGCUGCUUAACUUUGCAGCAUAUCAGCAAUGUCAUCAUUCAUAGUGUCCACAUUUACAAUUGUUUACCAUCGGGAAAUACGAUCAUAAGGUCGAGCCCAAGUCAUGCCGGGUGGAGAGGCAAAUCAGACGGUGAUGGGAUAUCCAUUUCUGGUUCCAGGAAUAUUUGGAUUGAUCACUGUGCCUUGUCACAUUGUACCGAUGGCUUGAUCGAUGCCAUUCUUGGCUCCACUGCCAUUACAAUUUCUAACAACUACUUUUCUCACCACGACGAGGUCAUGCUAUUAGGACAUAAUGACAAGUACUUGGCUGAUUCAGGAAUGCAGGUGACAAUAGCCUUCAAUCACUUCGGGGAAGGUCUGGUGCAGAGGAUGCCAAGGUGCAGGCGAGGGUAUAUACAUGUGGUGACCAAGCGCGUGGACACAGAAGAGGGUGAAUGGGCUGGCUGGAAUUGGAGGACGGAUGGGGACAUACUGGUAAAUGGAGCAUUCUUUGUGCCCUCCGGCGAAGUCCUCAGCACUCAAUAUGCCAAGGCCUCCAGCGUCGAGCCUAGGUCCGCUGACCUCAUUGACCUUCUCACCAUGAAUGCUGGUGUCAUUGGCGGUCCAAGGGACAACAGUAUCAGCAUGACAUAUGGUGGUGGGGCAGCUACCGGCGCAACUGCAGGAGGCGGUGGUGGGUCAAGUGGUAGAGACGAUGACUACUUUGGAAUGAUAUUUGGGAACGACGCAGCCCCGACAAAAUCAUUUCCACCCACCAUCAUGCUUUCGUCUCUUCUAAUUAUUUUAAGUCUGUAUAUAAUGAGCAAUCAUAUUGGUUCAUUAUCAUUAUUAUAG